CUUUAAAGUCAUAAUAGGUUUUCAAAUGGAAGAAUUAUUUUGUUUUCAAAAUUAAAAUGUGUAAAUAUUGUUUUUUAUUGCACGUUUAAUUAUUCGUUAAAUAAAUAAAAUUGCCUAAAAAAUGAAAGCUGAAUGGUCGAAAGCGUUUAUAAUACGGCCGCGGGACAAUCUGCAGUCUCAUGUCUACAUAAAACAAAAGAAAUUAGUACCUUCAUAUGAGAAUGAUCCUUGCCCAGUACCAAUGAACUGGCUGAUGGGUUGGGAGUAUGCGCGUAUUUGGCUGCGCGAGCGUGAUGAUUAUAUUAGUGCUCGUCUGCGCAAAUCCAAAGCGAAACGAAUUAAAAACGACUAUACUGCGUGGCUGGCAAAACGACAAAUUAAACCAAAAAAAGUUAGCUAGCGAAGUGUACCUCAUCUGAAAAUUUAAACUUGCAUCCUAUUGGAGUCAAUUUACAUACCUUAUGAUUGGAUCGCAAUGGUUGAUUUGCGCAAGAAC